ACUACAUCUUUCGGUGUUGAAGAGGAUAUCUACUGAACAAAGAUGGCAUUCAACGUAAAAAACUUGUUUAUAAUAACCUUAUUAGUGCCAUUUGUACUAGGUAAACCAGGAUUAAGUGGAGUCAACAAGGGCGGAGAUGACAAGGGCUCAAGUGGAAGUGUCGCCGUUGCGGCUGCUGCCUCUAGUUCAGGUGGAAACGACAAGGGCUCAGGUGGAAGUGUCGCCACUGCGGCUGCUGCCUCUAGUUCAGGUGGAGACAAAAGCGGAGAUGACAAUGGCUCAGGUGGAAGUGUCGCUUCUGCGCCUGCUGCCUCUCUUUCAGGCGGAGACGACGAGAGUGGAGAUAACGAGGGCUCAGGUGGCAAUGUCGUUGUUCCGGCUUCUGCCUCUAGUUCAGGCGGAGAUGAUAAGGGCGGAGAUGACAAGGGCUUAGGUGGAGGUGUCAUCGUUACGGUUAGGGUUCCUGUUUCUAGUUUAGGCGGAGACAAUAAGGGAGAUGACAAAGACUCAGGUGGAAGUGUUGUUGCGACUACUACCUCUAAUUCAGGCGGAGACGACAAGGGUGGAGAUGACGAGGGCUCAGGUGGAAGUGUCGCCGCUGCGGCUGCUGCCUCUAGUUCAGGCGGAGAUGACAAGGGCUCAGGUGGAAGUGUCACGGUUGCGGCUGAUGCCUCUAGUUCAGGCGGAGAUGACAAGGGCUCAGGUGGAAGUGUCGCCAUUGCGGCUGCUGCCUCUAGUUCAGGCGGAAAUGACAAGGGCUCAGGUGGAAGUGUCACCGUUGCGGCUGAUGCCUCUAGUUCAGGCGGAGAUGACAAGGGCUCAGGUGGAAGUGUCACCGUUGCGGCUGAUGCCUCUAGUUCAGACGGAGAUGACAAGGGUGGAGAUGAUAAGGGAGGAGAUGACGAGGACUCAGGUGGAAGUAUCGCCGUUGUGGCUACUGCCUCUAGUUUAGGCGGAAACGACGAGGGCGGAGAUAAUAAGGGCGGAGGUGAUAAGGGCUCAGGUGGAAGUGUCGCCGAUACAGCUGAUGCCUCUAGUUCAGCCGGAGACGACAAGGGUGGAGAUGAAAAGAGCGGAGAUGACACGGGCUCAGGUGGAAGUGUCACCGUUAAGGUUGCUGUCUCUAGUUCGGGCGGAGACGAUAAGGGCGGAGACGAUACAAGCGGAGACGACCAGGGAGGAGAUGACAAGGGCGGAGACGAUAAGGACGGAGAAAACAAGGGAGAAGAUGACAAGGGCUCCGGUGGAAGUGUCGCUACUGCGGCUGCUGCCUCUAGUUCAGGCGGAGACGACGAGGGCGGAGAUGAUAAAGACGGAGAUGACGAGGACUCAGAUGGAAGUGUCACCGUUGCGGUUGCUGCCUCUAGUUCAGGCGGAGAUGACGAGAGCUCAGAUGGAAGUGUCGCCGUUGCGGCUACUGCCUCUAGUUCAGGCGGAGACGACGAGGGCGGAGAUGGUAAAGGCGGAGACGAUAAGAGCGGAGACGACAAGGGAGGAGAUGACAAGAGCGGAGACGACAAGGGAGGAGAUGACAAGGGCUCAGGUGGAAGUGCCGCUGCUGCGGCUGCUGCCUCUAGUUCAGGCGGAGACGGCAAGAGCGGAGAUGAUAAGGGCGGAGAUGACGAAAGCUUAGAUGGAAGUGUCGCCGUUGCGGUUGCUGCCUCUAGUUCAGGCGGAGAUGACGAGAGCUCAGAUGGAAGUGUCGCCGUUGCGGCUACUGCCUCUAGUUCAGGCGGAGACGACGAGGGCGGAGAUGGUAAAGGCGGAGACGAUAAGAGCGGAGACGACAAGGGAGGAGAUGACAAGAGCGGAGACGACAAGGGAGGAGAUGACAAGGGCUCAGGUGGAAGUGCCGCUGCUGCGGCUGCUGCCUCUAGUUCAGGCGGAGACGGCAAGAGCGGAGAUGAUAAGGGCGGAGAUGACGAAAGCUUAGAUGGAAGUGUCGCCGUUGCGGCUACUGACUCUAGUUUAGGCGGAGACGACAAGGGUGGAGAUGAUAAGGGGGGAGAUGACAAGGGCUUAGGUGGAAGUGUCACCGUUACGGUUGCUGUCUCUAGUUUAGACGGAAACGACAAGGGUGGAGACGAUAAGGGAAGGGAUGACAAGGGCUCAGGUGGAAGUGAACAUUAAAUUACGCAUUUUAAUUAAUAUUAAAGUUCUAAAAAGUUCUCCAAAAAAAAGGUUCAAAGUGCAUCAAAAGGGCUUAUUUCUUCCUAAUUACAUACACAGUGUCCCUUGGCCGAUAUUGUUAUUACACUUUAAUUAUACUCUGACCCAGUAACUACGUAAAAUAAUUUGUAAACAUGUUUAUUUAA